CUGACUUUGAUGAUAUUUUAAAUUCAGUCUGAUGUUCAGACAGUCAGCAGCAAGACAACAUGGAGGUCACAGCUCUCUGCAUCAGACUGUUGAUGAAUGUGUUGAUGCUGCUGGUCGCACAAGUUGCCUUCAGUUAUUCACAAAAAGCCGCUUUUCCUCAGGUUGUACCAAACAGACAGCAGCACUUCCAAUAUGAGACCAUUGUUGUCAGCUGUGAGGGACUGGAGGGGCGGACUGGAUGGAGAGUGAUGAGGGAGAUUAAAGGAGUUGUUAAAACAUGUGCUGCUACCUGGUCGACAUCAACAGGACCCUGCGAAAUCAAUGACGCAUUAACAGCGGUUGACAGUGGAGAAUACUGGUGUGAAAUCGGAGGACUACAGACAAGUAACACUGUCAACAUCACUGUCACUGCUGGUUCAGUGGUCCUGGAGAGUCCUGUCCUCCCUGUGAUGGAGGGAGACGUUGUGACUCUGAGCUGCAGAGAUAAGCAGGCGUCUCCCAACCUCACAGCUGAUUUCUAUAAAGAUGGCCACUUCAUGGAGAGCAGCUCUACAGGAGAGAUGACCAUCCACAGUGUUUCCAGGUCUAAUGAAGGACUCUACAAGUGUGACAUCUCUGGAGCCGGAGAAUCACCAGAGAGCUGGUUGACUGUCAGAGUAGAUGCUGAUGGCCCUCAGCUCUUACUGCUGCUCUGCAUCGUUGUCGGCGUUUUCUUGGUGUUUCUGCUGCUGCUGUUGGUGGGAUCAAUGCGAUGUAGGAGACGUCCAACAAUCACGAGAGAUACCCCAACUUCUCCUUCCACAUUACGGUCUUCCUCUUCUCCACGAACAGUGUGUGAAGAGACCAGCAUGACAUAUUCUGUCAUCACAAAACCCCAGAGGAAGGAAGAACCGGGAGUAUCCGUCUGCUCAGAGACACCAGUUCUCUUUGCAGGUUCCAACCAUCUUUUUACAGAAGAGAAUCCCUGCUACUGUAUGAUCGAGUAGCCCGCUGACUGUAAGCUGUCUCGCUAUCUAAAGUCUUUAAAAUGAUCUUUGUCCCUUUGUGUGUCCCUUGCAGGUUACUGAGAGCCAAGACUCCUGGUCGAAGAGUUCUUAAAGUUCUGUAAUGUGUGCAGGUCACACGACCACACAGAGCUUUUGAAUUAAUGCAUUUGUAAUAUGUCGACCAAACUAUUUUGAUCUGUUACAUUUUUAAUCACUUCCAUUGCAGAGCUGUAAUUUUUUCUCUAAAUACAACUGUUUUUCAUACAAAUUGUAUGUAAUUAGCAGCGUCUGUGUAUGUUCUUUACAGAAGAAAACAUUUGACAGAACAUUUGUAAGGAGAGUAAAAUGUGUUGAUUCUUAAUUAACGACUACGUGUGACUUAUUAUGAAGUGGAAAUUACCUUGAUGAGCUUCAGCUACCUCACAGCAUCAGUGUCUAUUUUUAAGCGGUAUGAGUCUUUAACAGUUAAACCACAUUGUUGUAUCUGCUCCGUGUCUGUUCACACGUCUGAGACGCUGUUUACAAGAAGAGAGCAGCUGUAGAUACUUAUACACUCACUGUGGUAACAUAAUUACAUCCGUUUGACCUGAAACCAUAGAGACACAAUGACACUGUGACAAAUGAUAAGCGUCACAUCUAAUGUGAACUAAAUUGUUAAUUUCUAAAAAAAAAAAAUUGAUUUAAAAUGUAUUAAAUGUAUCCAUUUCUACAAAAUGAAGACAAGAAUUAACAUGCAUAUCAACAGCUAUUAGGGGAACCAUGUUAACCCUCUGAGAACCACAAUAGACCCGUUUCUGUUUUUUUAGGGGGGUACAGGGGGUCUUUAUAGCAGGUCAACAGUAGAUGUCAGGACACUAGGGUAAUAUUCAGAGAAAGAAUUCGGAAUUUCCAAGAUUAAAGUUGUUAAUUUACUUGGAUAUUCUCUCGGAUUAAAUUAAUAAAUUUACGAGAAAAAACGAAA